AUGCCUAGGGAUCCAUUAAUUGGAAUAGUUGGAAAGCCAUCAAGUGGGAAAUCUACAACACUUAAUAGUUUAACUGAUGCUGGAGCUAAAGUUGGAGCAUUUCCAUUUACUACUAUAGAUGCCAACAAGGCCACAGGGUAUUUACAGGUGGAUUGUGCCUGUUCGAGAUAUGGAAAGGAAGAGUUUUGCAAGCCCAACUAUGGGGUUUGCAAAAAAGGGAAGCGAUUCAUACCUAUUAUGUUAUUGGACGUUGCAGGGCUAGUUCCUGGGGCACAUGAAGGCAGAGGGCUAGGAAACAAGUUUUUGGAUGAUUUGAGACAGGCAGAUGCGUUGAUUCAUGUUGUGGAUGUGAGUGGGACUACUGACGCAGAGGGAAAGAAUACCAGAGGAUACGAUCCAGUGAACGACAUUGAAUGGCUACAAGACGAGAUUCGGCAGUGGAUUGAAGGGAAUUUGAAGAAGAGGUGGGGGUCGAUUGUGAGAAGACACACAGCUACCAAGUCGAGUAUCGUUGAUACGUUGCAAACGCAGUUUGGAGGAUACAGUUCGAAUGCCAAUUUGGUGGCCAGGGCAUUGAAGCGAAUCUCCAAGUUACCAGCAUUAGAGAGCUGGGACGAUGCAAUGAUAACUGAGGUGGUGAAGGCGUUUAUGGAGGAGAAGUUUCCCACAGUUUUGGCGUUGAACAAGAUCGAUCAUCCCGACGCCGACAAGAACAUCUCGAAGAUCAUCUUGAGGUAUCCACAUACCAAAGCAGUGCUAACGUCGGCAAUAACAGAGGUGCUUUUGAGGAAGUUGGUGAAGCAGAAGUUCAUCCGGUACGAGGAAGGAACCGAGUUCAUCGACACGAAGGAAGACUUGCCGGCGGACGAGGAGUUGAGGCCGAUGGACGAGCGAUUGCUGGAGAAGGUGGAGAAGAUUCGGGACUUGGUGUUGUACCGGUUUGGGUCGACGGGGGUGGUGGAGGUGUUGAAGGCGGCAGCAGAGGUGCUUGAGUUGGUGCCUGUGUACACCGUGAGAAACAUACACACGUUUGCAGGCGCCUCCGGAAGCAGCGUCUUUCGCGAUUGUGUGUUGGUGCGCAGAGGCCGGACGGUGGAAAGCGUCGCCCGCUACAUCAUGGGCGAUGUGACCAUUGCUGCCAUUGAGGGUGUGGGAGGGAUGAAGGUGAGCGAGCAGGACACCGUUGAUGUAGGCCGAAAUGACAUCCUCUCCUUCAGGGUGGCGCCAGCAGGCCAAAGGUAG